UGGCAUCGCUGUUUCUUCACCUCUAUUAGCACGUGUGGUUGUGUUUUAUUUAAAAAAUAAUUUUGCCCGAGUUAAUACGCAUCAGUCGCCCGAAUUAAGAUGGUUAAAGUACAGAAACCGCAGCCCAAGUCGCUGAACAAGAGCGCCAGCAUCGAGGGCGUGGUCAAGAAGAAGGGCAAGGCGGAGAAGUCCAAGAAACUGCCUGUGGAAGCCACAUUGGAUUUGGUUAGCAGCAAAAAGUCAAACAACGCGGCGGCGAAAAAAACAGAUGCCGCCAAAAAGGUGCCAAAGGUGUCCAAAAAAGAAGCCGACAAGAAGCAGCCAAAAGCGGCUAAGAGGCCACUGAUUCUGGCUCCUCCGGAGUCGCCGGCUGCUCCCCAGCCAGCGGAGAAGAAGUCCAAGACAAAGCCGGCUCCAGUGGCCAAAAAGAGUGCUGCCAAGAAGCCCCUGAUCUUGGCUCCUCCCGAGUCGCCAGUGGCACCCAAAAAACAAGAGAAGAAGGCCAAAGCAGCUUCAGUUGCCGGCAAAAAAGAGCCAGCUCAGUCUAAUAAGUCUGUCCAGGAUGCUGCCCCGUCGGCUCCAGCUGCUCCAGCAGCCAAGAAGUCGGCUCCAGCUGCUGAGGCACUCAAAAAAACACAAAAAACCGCGAAGGGGGCACCGCAAGCCAAACCCGCCAAGGCUCAACCAGCUGCCCAGCUCCAAAAGAAGACCAAGCCGGUGCAGAAGCUUUCCAAACCGGCCAAGGCGCCCAAAUCCAAGAAGCCUUUCAACAAGUCCAAGCCCGGACAGGCCAAGACCGCCAAGAAAGAGCCGGUAAAGGCCAAGAAGCCCGUUGAGCUGACCUUCGAACUGAAGUCCUUUGACGAGAAGAGGUACCAGGAGAUUGUCAGCGAGAAUAAUGUGACUAAAGUCUGCCAGGCCCUGAAGACUUUGGUGUCUGAGGAGGUGGCCAAGAAGAAGACUACCUCGAUCUUCAGCGACUAUCGUUACGUGCUGCAAGUGAGCAGCUACAAGAUUGCCAGCUGCCCCAAGCGCAUGGUCAAGUUGAACCUGAAGCAUUCGCUGGUCGGAAGCGACGACGAUGUGGCCCUCAUUGUGACCGAUUUGCAGCGUGGUGCCAAGUUCGACUCCGAUCCCACCAAGCAACACUACGAGGAUCUGCUGCGAGAGGCCGGCGUGAAGCAGCGUCUCACCAUUGUGCCAUUCAACCAGCUGCGCAACGAUAUGGGCUCUUUCGAGGCCAAGCGCAAGUUCCUCAACAGCUACGACUACCUGUUGUGCGACGGUCGCCUCUCGGGCCAAGCCAGUGCCUUUUUGGGCAAGCAAACCCAGAGACCCAGCAAUGUGCUCCAUGCCGUCCGUCUGAGCAAGGACAACGAUAAGCUGCCUCAGGAGGUGACUCGCGCUCUUUCUCGCACUGCAUUCAGGCAGCUGGCCAAGGGAGAUCUGACCUCUAUUCCGGUCGGCAACCACGAGAUCAGCCCCGAGCAGCUGGCCGAGAACAUUCUGUUCGUAAGCAAGCAACUCCAGCAGGUCUAUCCCGGUGGCCUGGCCAACAUCCGGUCGAUGUACCUCAGGAUCGAUAUAACAGGCACCUCGGCGCUACCGCUGUAUGUCAGCAUGUGCGCCCCGCCGGCGGAUACGCCCUAUGUCGUGGGCCCUCGGGAACAGCGUAUGCUGAAGCUGAAGAAGCAGGCCAACGAAGUGCUGUCCAAAUUUGCCCUGACCAAGGAUGCAGAGUUCAUCAAGCUGACCAGGGAUCAGGUGAAGCGCAAGGCCGAGCUGCGCGAAGAGAAGGCUGCUCUGCUGGCCGCUGAUGCUGCUGCUCCCAAGGACAACGAUGGCGAAGACACUGCUGUGCCCACAAAGAAGGCGCGCAAGGAUUCGAGCAGCGAGGGUGCCAAGGCCGAGGCAGAAUCCGAUGAGGAGGAGGAAGGCGAGGAUGCGGAGGACAGUGCCGGCGAAAGCGGCGAGGAUGGCGACGACACCGACGAAGAUGAUGAUGAUGAAAAUGACGAUGAUGAUGACGACGAGGACGACGAUGAGGAAGAUGAUGACGAGGAGGAUGAUGAUGAGGAUGAGGACGAUGAGUAAUGCGCCAGCCUCAUUGCUCUUCGUUAGUUCUAGUUUUAUUUCUAUAUAUGCAAACCUAUCUUGCUAUAAUUCCGUUUGCAAUUUUUACAACAGUUUUAAGUAAUAAACGAAUGUUUAAGUAUGGAAA